AUGCAGGAGGGGCGGGGGCCAGCAGACAGCGCCGGGCUCCGGGGCGGGACUAGCGCCGGCGCCGCGCACGCGCACAGCGGGAGGCCGAGUCGGACUGCGGGCGGGAGCCGAGCGGAGCGCGGCGGCGGGCUUCCGGACAGCGCGGCCUGGCUUGCCUUUGCCUUCGCACUCUCUUCACGAGCCCGUCCUUUCUCCCCAGGAAGCGUGCCAUCCUUGGUUGCUGGUCUUUUGGCUGGAGGCUUGGCUGGCUAUGGAGCUUACCGGGUAUCCAACGACAGACGAGAUGUGAAGGUGUCGCUGUUUACAGCUUUCGUCCUGGCCACCGUGAUGGGCGUGAGGUUUAAGAGAUCCAAGAAGAUCAUGCCUGCCGGGCUGGUGGCAGGACUAAGCCUCCUGAUGAUCCUAAGACUUGUCCUGCUGCUGCUCUGAGCACCCAGAGGCGCUGCACCCUCAGCUUGUCACCCGUGGCAACGGACGGGACCGGCAGAGCGUAUUGUCUGUACCUUAGAAGAUAAAUUCCAAUACAGAGUGUUAAAUGUUUUAUGUUUGAAACAAGGGGAACAGGAAAUUUUUUUUGAAACAAAGAGCUCUAAUUGUUUCUAAUUGCCAAGCAGUGUUUUCAUUAAAGAUGUUUAAUAAACCAUGCUGCACUUUCA